AAGAAAAUAAAUCUACCAAAUCUUGAAAGAAAAGACAGGUUUUGAAAAGAAAAAGGAAAUCAGAAAAUCCAACAAAGAAUCACAUGCUCUUUUAUAGCCUAGUAGGUGUGUGUUGUUCAUCCAAGAAUGAUCAGCCUAUUGUAUUUGUGAAGCAAGCUCUCGUCUUCUCACGGACACACUCUCUUGUCUCCACUCUCCGACGGAGACAGAGCCAAGAACCCAAUGCCAAUGCGCCUCCUCCUCGUCCUCCUCGCGGUCGCCGCCACGAUGGCGGACAGCGCGGCCAGGGGCGACGCGGACGCACUGCUGGCGGCGAAGGCGGCGCUCGAAGACCCGUCCGGCGCGCUGGCGUCCUGGAACGCCAGCGCGGGGAGCCCCUGCUCGUGGCCCUGCGUGACGUGCAACGCGCACGCCUCGGUCAUCGGCCUCGACCUGUCCGGCCGCAACCUCUCCGGCGCCGUGCCGGCGGCGCUCUCCCGCCUCAGCCACCUCGCGCGCCUCGACCUCGCCGCCAACGCGCUCGCGGGCCCCAUCCCGGCGUCGCUCUCCAGGCUCCAGUUCCUCACCCACCUCAACCUCUCCAACAACGUGCUCAACGGCUCCUUCCCGGCGCCGCUCGCGCGCCUCCGCGCGCUCCGGGUGCUCGACCUGUACAACAACAACCUCACCGGCCGGCUCCCGCUCGAGGUCGUGGGGAUGGCUCAGCUCAGGCACCUCCACCUCGGCGGAAACUUCUUCUCCGGCGAGAUUCCGCCCGAGUACGGCCGGUGGGGGAGGCUGCAGUACCUCGCCAUUUCCGGGAAUGAGCUGUCGGGGAAGAUUCCACCGGAGCUGGGCAACCUGACCAGCCUCAAGGAGCUUUACAUUGGCUACUUCAACAGCUACACCGGGGGGAUACCGCCGGAACUCGGGAACAUGACGGAGCUCGUCCGGCUGGACGCCGCGAACUGCGGGCUCUCCGGCGAGAUUCCGCCGGAGCUUGGGAAUCUUGCGAACCUCGACACGCUGUUCUUGCAGGUGAACGGGCUCGCCGGGGGCAUCCCGCCGGAGCUGGGGCGUCUCGUGAACCUCAGCUCGCUUGACCUGUCUAACAACGCACUCUCCGGCGAGAUUCCGGGGAGCUUCGCGGUCCUCAAGAACCUCACUUUACUUAAUCUCUUCCGCAACAAGCUUAGGGGGAGCAUCCCCGAACUCGUCGGCGACCUGCCCAGCCUCGAGGUGCUGCAGCUGUGGGAGAACAACUUCACCGGCGGCAUUCCGCGCCGCCUCGGCCGCAAUGGCCGACUCCAGCUGGUCGACCUCUCGUCGAACAGGCUCACCGGCACACUCCCGCCGGAGCUGUGCGCUGGAGGCAAGCUCGAAACGCUCAUCGCGCUUGGCAACUUCCUCUUCGGCUCAAUCCCGGAAUCACUGGGGAAAUGCGAAUCACUCACCCGCAUUCGCCUCGGCGAGAACUACCUGAAUGGCUCCAUCCCGAAAGGUCUCUUCGAGCUGCCGAAUCUGACGCAGGUGGAGCUGCAGGACAACCUCCUCUCCGGUGGCUUCCCGGCGGUGGAGGGCACCGGCGCGCCAAAUAUUGGUGCGAUCAGUCUCUCUAACAAUCAGCUCACCGGCGCGCUGCCGGCGUCCAUUGGGAACUUCUCUGGGCUGCAAAAAUUGCUUCUUGAUCAUAACGCGUUCACCGGCGCGAUACCACCGGAGAUUGGGCGGCUGCAACAACUGUCCAAGGCUGACCUGAGCGGCAAUGCGCUUGACGGCGGCGUGCCACCGGAGAUUGGGAAAUGCCGGCUGCUCACCUACCUGGACCUCAGCCGAAACAACCUGUCUGGGGAGAUACCGCCGGCCAUCUCCGGCAAUCGGAUACUCAACUAUCUCAACCUGUCCCGUAAUCACCUUGAUGGAGAGAUACCGGCAACCAUUGCUGCAAUGCAGAGCCUCACUGCGGUGGACUUCUCAUACAACAACCUGUCUGGGCUCGUGCCGGCGACCGGGCAGUUCAGCUACUUCAAUGCCACGUCCUUCGUCGGCAAUUCGGGAUUGUGCGGGCCAUACCUUGGACCAUGCCAUUCUGGUGGUACCAGCACGGACCAUGGUGCGCACACCCAUGGUGGCCUGUCCAAUAGCUUCAAGUUGCUCAUCGUCCUCGGCUUGCUUGUCUGUUCCAUUGCGUUUGCUGCCAUGGCAAUCUUGAAGGCCCGGUCACUGAAGAAGGUCAGUGAGGCGCGUGCGUGGAGGCUCACCGCAUUCCAGCGCCUCGAAUUCACCUGUGAGGACGUGCUUGAAAGUCUGAAGGAGGAGAACAUCAUUGGCAAAGGUGGAGCUGGGAUAGUGUACAAGGGGACAAUGCCAGAUGGCGAGCAUGUUGCAGUGAAGCGGCUUUCAGCAAUGAGCCGUGGCUCAUCUCAUGACCAUGGGUUCUCUGCAGAGAUACAGACGCUUGGGAGGAUUCGACACCGCUACAUUGUGAGAUUGCUUGGCUUCUGCUCGAACAACGAGACAAAUCUCCUGGUUUAUGAGUAUAUGCCCAAUGGGAGCUUGGGGGAGCUACUCCAUGGAAAGAAAGGUGGCCACCUACACUGGGAUACUCGGUACAAGAUUGCUGUUGAGGCUGCCAAGGGGCUCAGCUACCUGCACCAUGAUUGCUCACCCCCGAUCCUACACCGCGAUGUCAAAUCGAACAACAUUCUUCUUGACUCUGAUUUUGAAGCACAUGUUGCUGAUUUCGGGCUCGCCAAGUUCUUGCAGGACUCAGGCACAUCGCAGUGUAUGUCUGCCAUUGCUGGCUCCUAUGGCUAUAUUGCUCCAGAGUAUGCAUAUACCCUCAAGGUCGACGAGAAGAGUGAUGUCUACAGCUUUGGCGUUGUGCUUCUUGAGCUGGUCACCGGAAAGAAGCCAGUAGGGGAGUUCGGGGAUGGUGUUGACAUUGUCCAGUGGGUCAAGACGAUGACAGACUCGAACAAGGAGCAGGUGCUCAAGAUCAUGGACCCCAGGCUCUCAACUGUGCCGGUGCACGAGGUCAUGCACGUAUUCUAUGUCGCAUUGCUUUGCGUUGAGGAGCAGAGCGUGCAGCGGCCUACAAUGCGGGAGGUGGUGCAGAUGCUCAGUGAGCUCCCCAAGCCAACUUUGAGGGAAGGAGAUGAGCUUCCCAGUGGCGGUGAUGGUGCCGCCACGUCUGAUCCUCCAGCGGCAGUAGAAUCUGUUGAAGCACCGACAGAUGAAGCCAAAGAGCAGCAGCAGCAGGAGCAACAGCAACUGAGCUCGCAGUCUUCGCCAACUCCUGAUCUCAUCAGCAUCUGAGAACUGCCAAGCUAAAUUGUUGUCAUUCCUUUUUGUGUGUGUGUGAAAUUUGGAUGUUUUAAUGUUUCGAGUUUAGGGUGUGGUAUUUAGGUCUCUGCACUUAGGGUGUGAAAUUAAGUAUCUGGUAUUUAACAAUCUGCACUUAGGGUGUGGAAUGUAGGUAUCUCAAUUUCUGGUGCGGUGUGUAUCUUAGGACAUUGUUCUGUAUAUGUCAAGCUUCCUAAUAUCCAUUUUCCUGUUAGAAUUCA